AUGCGCGCCUCUCUGAGCCUGGCGGCUGUAUACGCCGCGGCUACGGCCAGCGCCUUCCAGGGCUUCAACUACGGAUCUACCUUCACCGACGGUAAAGCAAAGGCACAGUCAGACUUCGAAUCCGAGUUCAAGACCGCAGCUAGCCUCGAGGGCACCAAUGGCGCCUUCACCUCUGCUCGUCUCUACACCAUGGUCCAGGGAGGAAGCACUAAUGAUCCCAUCUCUGCCAUUCCCGCCGCCAUUUCCACAAAGACAACUCUUCUGCUCGGUUUGUGGGCCUCUGCCGGUGAUGCUGCUUUCGCCAACGAGCUUGAGGCUCUGAAGAAGACUGUCUCUCAGUACGGCAGUCAGCUCAACGGCUUGGUUGCUGGUAUCUCUGUCGGCAGCGAGGACCUCUACCGACACUCGCCUACCGGCAUUGCCAACGGCGAAUUCUCUGGUGCCGAGCCCAGCACUCUCGUCAAGUACUUUGAGCAAGUCCGAGAAGUCAUCAAGAACUCGCCUCUGAGCAGUGCCCCUAUCGGUCACGUCGACACAUGGACCGCCUGGGUUAAUGGCAGCAACAAGGCGGUCAUCGAUGCCUGUGACUGGAUUGGAAUGGACGCUUACCCCUACUUCGAGGACACCAAGCCCAACUCCAUUUCGGACGGCAAGGACCGCUGGGCCGAAGCUUUGGCUGCCACCCAGGGAGCUGUUGGUGGGAAGCCCGUUUGGGUUACUGAGACUGGUUGGCCCGUCAGCGGCAAGACUGUCGGCGCUGCCGUUCCAUCUCUCGAGAACGCAAAGAAGUUCUGGAAUGACGUCGGCUGCCCCAUGUUCGGUAAGACCAAUGUCUGGUGGUACACAUUCCAGGACUCUUCUCCAACAACACCCAACCCCAGCUUCGGUGUCAUUGGCUCGACCUUGACUACCAAGCCUCUCUACGACCUCUCAUGCGACAACAUCAGCUCUAGCUCAUCAGCCUCGGCCUCGGCCUCCUCCACAAACACCGCGUCUGCUAGUGCCUCUACCCAGGCCAGCAGCGCAGCUUCAGCAUCCGCAACUGCAACGGCUACUGCUACAGGAAGUGGAUCCGGCUCAGGCUCAAGCCAGCAGAGUUCUGCCGCUGGUACCGCUACGACUCUCUCGACUGUGGUGCCUACUACUAAUGGUGGCUCGGGUGGAAGCGGCGGCGGAGGUGCUACUGCGACUGGCACUGCUGCUACCGGCACUGCUACUGGCGGUGCUUCACCGUCUGCCUCUCAGAGCUCUGGCUCCGGUGGUGGCUCCGGAGGUGGUUCCGGCACCGGCCGCCCCGGUACUAAUGGAACCGUCAGCGUUCCCACGACAGGACCGACGGUUGUCCCUGGCAGCAGUGCAACCACGACUACCUUCAGCGUUGCUGUUCUGGCUGGUGCGAUUGUUCUCGCCAUGUUGUAA